AUGGCGACGGGGACGCAGCUGCUCAAACGGCUGGUCAACGAGCGGCUCGCGGCGGCUGCGGUGGAAAUCUUCGGACUCGUGGAAAACACGAUCAGGGAGUAUCAGGAUGAAGUUGUCCGCUCCAGGAGAGAAAUCGUCGAGCUGAAGGAGCAGCUGGAGCAGCUGGCCGAUGUAAAGCCUGAAAUCAUCUUAUUCACAGCAGGCACCCCGUCAGUCACCGGGGAGAUUCUACCUUCUCAGCAGCCAGAACAGCUUCCCAGUGUGCAGACAAAUGAGAUCUUUAACUCUGUGCAGGUCAAAGAGGAGCAGGAGGAUCACAGUAUCAUUCCACCCCAGACGGAUGAUAUUCCUGAGGAUGUAAAAGUCAGACUUACUGAAUCAGAAACAAUGUCUCAGACACAAAGCCAGCUGAACCCGACUUUGAGCACUAUGACAAUGAACAACAACAACAACGAUGAUGAGGAUAUGGAGGAGGAGGAGGAUGAUGAUGAUGAUGAUGACGACGACGAAUGGAAACUCUCAUCCUCUUGUGGUACAGAUCACGAUUACACGUCUCAUUUGGGGCCGGAUCAUGCCCCGAAACACGAAAAGGCUUGUCGUUUCUGUGGCGCGCAGUUUUUCAGGUACUGUGAUCUGGUCAAACACGUAGAACACAUGCACAUGGGAGAGAAGGCGUUCAAAUGCCCUGAAUGUGACAAAGAGUUUGCCCGUAGGGACUAUCUGGGUGUGCAUUCCAGAGUUCACACAGGUGAAAAGCCGUACGAGUGCCCGUACUGCAAGAAAGUGUUUGCUCAGAGUUCAAAUCUGUAUGUUCACUUGAGGCAGCACACGGGGGAAAAACCCUAUUUCUGCAAAUCGUGUGGCAAAAUGGUCGCCCAUAGCUCUCAUCUCAAGAUCUGUGGUACGAGGGAGCCCAAAGAGAAGAAGAAAUUUCGGUGUUUGGUGCAUGAGGCCUUCAGGUCCUGCUAG